AUGCGCGCGAGCCGCGGGGACAUCAAGCCCGAGCUCGACGACGAUAAUCCCGUCGUCGAGACGAUCCCGGUGUACUUUAAUCGCCCGCCGGACGAUGGCGGAGAGAUGGUUCUGAUUCAGUACCCGCUGCGACCGCCCGAUCGGCCGUACGACGUGGCGAACGUGGAGAGCGUGCGAUAUAAACCCGAUGCGGCGAAACUAGAGAUGACGAUGCCGAUCGAGGAGAGCGAAAGAAAUCGAGACGAGGACGCGGCGGAGCACACGCGAAUUUCUUCGCUGCUGUUGACGAGCUCGAGCGCGAAGGCGGAGGCGCACGGAGACGGAGUGGUCGUGGGCACGAUACAUAACGGGGCUAUGUAUUUGACGCCGAUCGAGGCGGUUUAUCAGAUGCGACCGAGUUUACAGCAUUUGGACGCGGCGGAUAGCGCGAGGCAACCGCACGACGCGGCGCGAGAGGAGCGAGAGUUGCAAGAGGAGGAGGAACGCAUGCUGCUGCCUCUUCAGGUGCAAGUGCGACGACGAGAGACGGCGAAACAGACGGAAAUGCGAGUGCAGUCGCACGCGUUUUUGCGGCAGCGUGAGCACGAGGAGGCAUGGAUUCCGUUGCAGCCCUCCAUGCCGGGAGAUGCGGAUACAGAGUUCGUCAAGGCGUACGUGACGACGACGCACGGCGAGUCGUGCGGACAGGCGGUGACGGCGAGAGAAUACCUCGACGUCAUGUGCCCUGUGAGCGGAAGCAAACGCGUCGCUCCCGAGGACGAAAAUGCCAACACUUUGGGCGAUGGAACUGGGUUGAGCAAGUCUCAGCUCGCGUCUCUGCCGCUCGAUAGACGUAUUCGAGCGUUGUUCGCCAAGGGUCAAAAGUCGUGCAUGAAAUUUAGCAGGAUUCGUCAAUUCGUGACGGAACCCAUAGAGCCUGAACAAUUGAUCGCGGUGAUUCAAGACAGCGCACACUUGGUGCAAGGUAAUUGGGUGGCCAAGUCCACGCUGCGGUGCGGUGGGAACGUGACCUGGGAAAACAUGCGAGACUCGGCGCUCUUUCAGUUCGCGCGUUCGCGCAACGUCAAACCAGAGUUGGUAUCCAACUGUUUGAAGCGUAACAGCACAAAAUCGGAUCCAACGUUGGCAAAGAUGCGUCGCGAAGUUCUCGCAGAAUUCUCUCGUCCUCGAGGUUACGGUAGCGCAGCAGAUGGUUUCGAGUUCAACGAAGCCACCGACGAGGCGUUCGAAGCAGAAUUCCCCGACGUCGUCUCGCGAGAGAUGGAAUCGUGGCUCGCCUUGGCGCCAUCCCUCGACAUCACGUUGCUCACCAACGAAUUGACGACGCCGAGCGUACCGCCACACGUCUCACAAAUUCGCCUCACCACCGUUCGCUCGCUCGUGUACGCGAAGUUUGAGAAGAGGACCCACCUGAGCUUGGCGGACAUUCGCGCGUUUUUGCUGACGCAAGCCCCCGACGUCGCGGCGUGCGCAUACUUUCGACAAGCCGAACUUCUGGGGAUGUUCGACGGUGAUAUCGCGUGCAUCGAGGGUAUUUGCGUUCUGGUAUCCGUGAACGACCCCGCGAUCGACCCUCUUCGCAGGAAAAUCUUAGGUUUGCUCUACAAGCAGAGCGGCGUUGUCAAGCGUUCCGAAAUCAUGGACGCCCUCGGCGACGGCGCGCCCAGUCAGCACACCUACACCAAAGUCCUCUCAGACUUGUGCUCAUCGAAAGGAAGCAUUUGGACCAUUAAGGCGGCGGAGGAGAUGAGGUAA